AUGGUAGUCGCAACCAAAUCUACAAGUUAUGGUCGUGUCUCAAUGGCAGCAGGUUCUUCUGGUCCUCAACUACAACUUGGUACAUGUGCAAUUGUGUUGCUAGCACACUUUGUCACAAUAGCCAACAGUGCUGAUAUAUUCUUUGAUUGGCACGUUUCUGUUGACUUCAAUUUAAAGCCAGUGUCUACUGAUCAACCGGUUAUAACAAUCAAUGGCAUGUUCCCUGGACCCCUUAUAAAUGCAACAACAGAUGAUAAUAUUAAUGUCAAUGUUUUCAAUGGUUUGGAUGAACCCCUGUUGUUUACAUGGAAUGGCAUACACCAAAGGCUAAAUUCAUGGCAAGAUGGAGUGUCUGGUACAAACUGCCCCAUCCAACCUGGCAGGAGCUGGACUUAUGUUUUCCAAACCAAAGAUCAGAUUGGCACAUUCUUCUACUUCCCUUCCAUCAAUUUCCUCAAAGCUGGUGGAGGGUAUGGUCCAAUUCGAGUCAACAAUCGCCCUGUGAUAAGUGUUCCUUUUCCAAAACCUGAAGCAGAAUUUGAUCUUUUAAUUGGUGACUGGUACAAUAGUAGCUACAAGGAUAUUAGGUCCAGAUUGGAUACAGCAGAUAUUCUUUCCCCUAAUUGGAUGCUAAUAAAUGGCAAAGGACGAUAUAUGAACAAUUUAUCUAAACCAUAUGAGACCUUUAAUGUUACACAAGGUAAAACAUAUUUGCUUAGGAUAUCAAACGUAGGAACAGCUUGGAGCUUCAAUUUCAGGAUUCAAAAUCAUCGAAUGGUUUUGGUUGAAACUGAAGGAUCUUAUGUCAAUCAAAUACAGUUGGAGUCUCUUGAUGUUCAUGUAGGCCAAUCCUACUCAGUUCUUGUCACAGCAAACCAAAAUGCUGCUGAUUAUUACAUAGUGGCCUCUCCUAAAAUGAGUCAUGACACAGAUAUGAACACUCUUGUCGGCGUUGCUGUGCUUCAUUACGAUAACUCUACCACACGGGCUAAUGGGUCUCUCCCACGUGGUCCAGAUCCAUUUGAUCUGCAUUUUUCCAUCAACCAAGCAAAGUCCAUUAGGUGGAACCUGACCACUGCAGCUGCAAGGCCUAAUCCUCAGGGAACGUUUAAUGUAACAAAUGUGACAAUAUUUGAGACUUUCAUUCUACAGACAUCAAAAGCAACGAUUGAUCGGUUAUCUCGUUACACUGUCAACAAUGUCUCCUACUUGACCCCAGAUACACCACUGAAGCUAGCUGAUUACUUUUCCAAUGGAUCUGGAGUAUAUCAACUUGAUGCUUAUUCUAAGAACUCUUCAAAUAUUAACGCCGUUCGUGGAGUUUUUGUAGCAAGUGCAUUACAUAAAGGGUGGACGGAGAUAGUACUUAAUAACACUUUAGACUCCAUUGAUGCUUGGCAUUUGGAUGGAUAUAGCUUCUUUGUUGUUGGAUUGGGGGAAGGAGAAUGGACACCAGAAUCACGGUCAAAAUAUAACCUUUUUGAUCCUGUAGCUCGUUCCACUGUGCAAGUGUACCCGAGAGGGUGGAGUGCAGUGUAUGUGUACCCUGACAACCCAGGAAUGUGGAACUUGAGAUCACAGAACUUGAAAAAGUGGUAUUUAGGUGAGGAACUCUAUGUGAGGGUUUAUGAUCCUGAUCCCAACCCUGCAAAAGAAAGGCCACCUCCACAGAAUCUCCUUCUAUGUGGUUAG